CUCGUUUUUCUUUUCUCUCUCUCUUUUUUUAUAAUUUUAUUAUGGACUCUUCUUCAGGAACAAACGAAAGGUGGCGUACGAAAAAGCAAUCGAUCACUCAACGCCAUGUUGAUAAAGAACUACAACGUAUCAAGAGUUUAGCUGUCGUCUCUGUACUAAAUAAAGCCUUUGAGGACCCAAACGCUACACCCACUGAACAACAACCACAGCCUAAAAAGUUGACAGACAGCCGUUCUCGGUCAACAUCCUCUGGCUCACAAGAUAAGGACUCUACCUUUAACCCAACUGUACGCAGAAAAUCGGAUUUUAAUGCAACAAAGUUACCACCUCAUAUGAUACCUACUACUGAAACGAUACCCAGUUCUGAAAAGAGACAACUUGCUGAGCUUCAGGACAAAUAUGAAGAUACACUCAAGGAACUAAGUACGGUCAAGUCACGGAGUGAACAACAGAGUCAGCUGUUGAUGAUGCAAGGCGCUCUUAUCGAACAGCUAUCAGAACAAAUUGAAUACUUGACUGAAGAAAACCAAACACUAAGAGCACAACAGUCUGUAAGCGACGUGAUCGACAUUCGAGACGUACAACGAGAAAUAAUCGACUUACGGCAGAUACUGGAAGAACUGAAUACGGCCAAGGAUGAGUAUGAGAUGAUGGCCGUCUCGAUUAGUGAUAGGCUAGAAGAAAGCGAAGUUAAGAUGGAGGAUAUGGAGCAGUCAGCAAAAGAACUCAAGAAACAAUGUCAGUCACAGUCAAUGUAUAUUGAGGCCAAGGUAGAGACACUGAUAAACCAGCUGAAAGAAAAAGAUGAAGUCGUCAAUAAAAUGUACGAGCAAAAGAUAAAGCAAAUGUACCCAAGUAGAAAAAGCGAAAGCGUCAUCUCGACAUCAAGCAUGGCUUCAGAUAAACAAGAUGAAGAAGAAGAAUACACUGACCGCGCAUCCGCUCGUUCGUCUGUCGCCUCUAAAAGCUCGCAACAAAGAAGAAGGUCGCAUAUCGCUCGUUGGAAAGGCGUAGCGCUCCCUCCUGCAUCUCCUCCUCCUUCGGCACCUCUACCGCCUAUACCUGUUGAGUCACCUAAUACCUCAUUUAGACCCAGGUCAGCUGUGACCGAGAGCACGUCGUCGUCCUCCCGACUGCCUGUGUACAAACACAUGUCGGUGGAUGCGGUGGGUGGACCUCAAUCAUUUUCAAGUCUACAUGAACUAGAUAAAGAAAUAUCGGAUGCAAUGUACUAUAAGGAGUUUACAGAUCAAUUACAAGCAAGAUUAUCCGUGUCUAAAGAAAUUGACGAUUUACAAAAUGCUGUUUGGAAGCCAAGUGAUUAUGAUGAAAUACAAAGAAAGAUAGAAUCAAAGAAUUGGUUAGAUCAAGAUGUUCAUCCAAAGGACCAAAGUGCCUUCUGGAAAGGCAUGAAAAAGAAGUUGAGAGUGUAAUAAUAAUAAAGUAUAUUUUUAGUAUCUUUUUUUUUUUUUCAUCUCUCUGAACAAAUAAGGAAUAUUCCACUAUUUACAGUGAUUUGCGUUUAAAAUUCAAUAGCGGGGCACCGAUUAGUACAAGAGGUUGAAGAUGUCGCUGACAGCACUUAGCCAGCAUCAAAAGAUACAACAACUGCCUAGUUUGUUAAGUUUAUGAGUGAACUACUUGAUAUAAUGGAUCUUGAAAAAAAAAAAAUCAAAGUUGUCAUUUUUAAUAUUUUUUUUGGCGAUAUGAAAGACUUGACAUACAGCUGUCGUCUUCUAGGAGGAGAGCCAGGAGCAGAUUUCAUUCUGAAUACUUUCAAGCAUUUUUCCGCACUGUUAC